GGUUGGGCCGCAGUGUCCCCGGAACUGUUGGAUGGAGAGUUCGUGUCAUCAUCUGCGACGGGGUUUUUCUCUUUUUUUGAAGAAAUUUUGUGCAUUGUGGGAUGAAAAGUGCAUAUUGCUUAUACUUGUGCAUAUUCAUGGCAGUGGAUGUGCAUAGUGUUUGAUGUUUGAACUGUUUCGACUGUUUUGGGAGCAAACGUGGCAACCAUGGAAAUAGAGGAAAAUAUCGCUCAUGUAAAUUACAAGAUUACUAUUCCCAAGUUUUCCGCGUACAAAGACCUAAAUCACACGUUUACUGAAGUCUUCCCGCUCUCCGUAAAUAAUCUCCGUUUUCUGUGGAGGCUCACAAUCGUCCCUUUUAUUAAAGAAAGCGGUGAGACUUCCAGGGAUGACUUAAUCAAUCACGAUAUCGGCUUAUCGCUUGAAUGUCAGAAAUGUAAUGUAAAUCACCCAAAUUUAGAGGUAUACUGCAAUGUAAAAGGAAGGGAUCAACAUGAAAAGUUGUUACCUAGAAUGGAUUAUAACAAAAUGAUAUGGAAGGACGUGCUAAUAUCAAGGUUAGCUCUCAAGGUGUUCAACCUCUUGGAGGACGACAAACUAGUCAUAAAUUUAAGGUUCGUGGUGACCGGUCGUGACCUUAAGCGAGCGAUUGACGGUGUGAGUGAGAUGUCCCGUGACCUAAGCCGCCUUCUGGAGAGUGGCGCUCAAAGCGACAUCGAUCUGGUCACCAGAGACGGCGUUCGGCUGCCUGUCCACUCCGCCAUUCUCGCCGUGCGGUCGAAUCUCCUGCAGAGGGCAGCCAAGAAGGGCAGGGUUUCUGCAGCGUCGACGCCCCGAGCGCAGGCGGAGACUCCACCUGUCAAGCACGUGGACACGCCCAUCAAUAGCACCUUCGGGAGCAUGUCUUCAGGGUACCAUUCCGCCGCCUCCUCCCCCGACGCCUUCGCCUCCAUCGCCUCCGGCCCUCCGCCGAGCGCCCCUGUGACCACCCCGAUGAAGGCCCUCGCGCUCCACAGCCCCGGCCCCGCUUCCCCCCGAAGCUCCCCGAGCUCGAGCAAAGUGAGCCGGCGCCCGCCCACGCCCAAGAGGGUCGCUUUAAGCCAGCGUCCGCCCACGCCUAGAAGAAAUCUCAGCAGCCGUCACCUCACGCCGGCAAGAAGCCCCAGUAAGCGCCCUCUCACUCCCGCCGCAGAGUCUCCCAGCAAGCGGACUAAUGUCGGCCGCGCCUCCAUUAAGUUCUCGGAGGAAAACAAGGAAAAUAAGAGUCUCAAGAUCUUCCACUACCGCCCCAGGCCGUCCCCCUCCACGUGCCCCGGUGACUCCCCCGGGCGAGCGACGGAGGCGGGCGAGGCGCCGGCGGGGGGCAAGGGCCCGGAGAGACUACAGGUGGAGGUGAGCAUGACUGCCUCUGUGGCCACGGAAUUGCUGCACUGGAUAUACACAGGCGAGAGCGACGACCUGGGAGCCCUGGCGCGGCCGCUCCUGGUGGCGGGCAUUCGGCACGGCAUGGGCGGGCUGACGCGGGCGUGCGAGGACCACCUGGCGGCCGCCCUCACGCCCGCCUCCGCCCCCGACGUCCUCUACCUGGCGCACAAGUAUGGGGCGACGUCGCUGCGGGAGGACGCCCUUGAGUACGCUGUUCGGAAGGCGUCCGAGGUGACGGCGCAGGCAUCGUGGGAGGCCCUUGGAGAGCGCGCGCCCACGCUUAUCAUGGAGUUCAGCCGCCGACUCGCCCUGCACGACCACGCCCUCACUGCCAACGCAUGAACACGGAUCACGG